CCUGCUGGCAACGGUUGCUGCGCACGCGCAGUAGCCACGGGUCCGGGCAGGCUUAAUCGCCGCGGUCUCUGAGGCGCAGUUUUUCGCUGGCGGCGGUCGUUAGUCUCCAUUUAUAGUUGCCUUAAGUGGAGGCCCGAAGGGUCCCUCGGAGGUACCAUCUGAAAAUUCCAGAUCAAUUUGUGGUUCUAGAGAGAAGCUUUUAUCAUAAAUCAAGAAUGGCUGCCUCUGGGGGAACAUUUAUUGGAGUCCCCUCAUCAAGCAAUAAUGAUGCAUCCAGCAGUCUCAACUAUGGUUCUUCAUUUCAACCCAUCAAAACCCAAGUGGCCAUUCCUACAGCUCAUGUCAUGCCCUCCACAUUGGACAGAUCACCUUGUCUAGCAAGUGAAUCAAGCCCUCCUCAGACCACUUUGGCUUCCUCCAUGCCAAAUUCACUGGGUGACACAGGAGGACUGAUGUCCAGCUAUGACUCUGAUACUUUGAGGCAAUCCCAGGUGAUCAACAGGAAUUCUCUCUGUCUGAAUCAGACUUCAGCAGAAAAUGGUUGCAAUCAGUCCUUGUUUCGUAGUCCUGGUCAGUCAGGUGUGGAAUGUGUUCAGAAACCUAUUAGCCUAGAUGCUGAAGUCACCCAUGCUGCUUUUCUAGAUAGGCAUUCUCUUGGUCCUUGGUCCCAACUCCAGAUGUACACUCCAGGCAAUUCAAAUAGCACUUCUGCUGGCCUAGAAAAGGAAUACAAUAAAAUACUGCAGAAUACUAAACCAUCAAUAGAUUCCAAUAGAGUUUGUGGAAAGCAAGUAUCCCUGGGACUUAAUGCUGCUAGUAUGUUUUCCACCCCUUUGGCUACUCGAUCUCAGACAUUGAAGCAGGAAGCUUGUACAAUACAUCCACAUGAGAAUUGUGCACACAGUGCUUGGAAACAACAUCUGGAUUGUGUUCAACUGCAACUGGAACAGAUGCAUCUGCAAAAUAAAGCGACUUGCUACUAUCCUUUGGUGAACAAUACUUCACUGCACACACUUGAUCCAGCUCAGUGGAUUGGCAUUGCCAGCACUAAUGAAAAUUUGCUCCUGGAGAAAGAAAUUCUCAUCGACAGGCAGAGACAGCACAUUUCCCAGCUGGAGCAGAAACUACAAGAAAGUGAAAUGCAAGUCCACAGUGCCCUCUGUGGCCAUCUUGCUCCUUAUGGGGAUAUGCAUCUGUUCAGAAUGCAGGAAUUACAGCGGGAGAAUAUAUUUUUACGGGCUCAGUUUACUGAAAAAACAGAGUCACUCAAUAAGGAAAAGAUUGAAUUGGAAAGGAAACUGGCUGCUUCAGAAGCUGGUAUUAAACGGAUCCAGGAGAUUCACAAAGAGACCAUACAGAAGCAUACAGUAGAAUUGAAGAAACAAGAAGAAAGGAUCAAGUCCAGAGACAAACACAUUGAGCAUCUGAAAAAAAAAUGCCAAAAAGAAUUGGACCAAAACCAUGAGAAACAGCAGAGAAUUGAGACUCUGGAGCGCUAUAUUGCUGACCUCCCAGUAUUGGAGGAUCAUCGAAAACAAAGUCAACAGUUAAAGCAGUCUCAGGAGACAGUUAGCACUUUGCAAGAAACAGUAACUACUCUUGAAAGGGAGCUAAGAGAUGUUCGCACUGACUGCCGAGAGAAGGAGCUGCAGCUAGAAGUGCAGAAACACAAAGAAAUGGAACUGCUUUCCACAGUGCGCAGUUUACAAGAUAAAAUGCAGCAGAUGAAGCCUUCAGUACCAGAAGAUUAUGCCCAAGAGAUAGAGAGAGAGAAAGGAGAAAAAGAGGCUCUGCACAAAGAACGGGAUCUUCUCAGGAAGAUUGUGGAAAAUCAGAAGAAGAAAUUGGAUCACUUGUCUUCACAAAUAAAGGAUCUGGAGGAACAGAUUGCCCAGGAUGAUGGUACAGCCCAGGCUCUGAGGGCAGAAGCCUUGAAGCAGGAAAAUGCAUUGCAGCAGCUACGCAGAGCUGUGAAAGAGCUGUCUUCUCAGAACCAAGAAUUGAUGGAAAAAAACCUGACCUUCCAGGAGCAUCUCCGGCAGAUGGAGCUGGGCCAGCUGCUGUCAAAUGAAACAGCCAGCCUGACCCAAGAGCUGCAUAGUGAACUAGCCAGCUGCCUACAGGACUUGCACUCUGUUUACAGUGUGGUUACUCAGCGGGCUCAAGGAAAAGAUCCCAAUUUGUCGUUGCUGUUAGGCAUUCACACUGUACAUUAUUCUGUUCAACAAGAAAAAGACUUGCUGAAACCAGACACAUUAGCAAAGAAGGUGGAGGAUGUAAAACAGUUACACAAAGAGAUUGAAGAUUUGCGGACUGCUAUUUCGGACAGAUAUGCUCAAGAUGUGGGCGAUAACUGCAUUACUCAGUGAAGGCCAAAUAAGUGGAAAAUGUGAACUAAGUUUGUACUGUGCAUGGUGAGUUUUCAGAAGGUCUUUAUUACCUGUUCCGGUGAAAAUGCUUCCCACAGCUGGAAAUCGGAUUUUCUCUUGACAGGAAAGCUCUCGAAGGACAAUGAGUCUUGUAAGGGUGUGGCGAAAACUUUUUUGUAUCCUGCAAUUCUGGAUCUGGUUCCUGUUAGCAGCUGCAGUCAGGAAAAUGUCUGCCAGCAUUCAUUUCUGUAAUUUAUGGCAGAAACGUUUUUUCAGACACUACAAUCAUGGAGACUCUUUUUCUUUGUCAUGUAAUUGCUGUGAGGUUGCGAAAGCUUUGAUGAGUUAGGAUUGAAUAUAAAAUGGCAGUCUGUAUGUAGGAAAAACUGAAUCAGCUGUAGUAAAGCAAGUCUGAACAGAAGAAAGAUCUAUUUUUUAACAGGUUUUUGAAAUUUCUAAGAUAAUCUUGCACCCUCAGGUUUUUUCCAAUUCCUUCCUGAAACUAGAAAUAAUAUGAUGAAAUUGUAGUAGGCAUUGUUGCAUUUCUCCUUAAAUGUUUUAGAUCUCCAAAGCCUGUGCUGGUUCCCCGGGUUUCAGGAUAUGACCACUGCUAAUGGCAUGGACACUUUCAAUGUCAGUCUGUCAUCCUGGUUCUUAACGUUUUCAAUGCAGAUGCACUUUUUAAACUAUAUUUUCAUAUCACUGUUCUCUAUGCAAGCAUUAACUUGACAUUCUAGAAUGUAUGAAUUCAAAUGUUGAAAUGCCUUAAUUCUCCUAAAAAUAAACCUUUGGAAAGAGAGAAACUGAAUUUUCAUAUUGUUGCAAUGUGGGCAAUUAAGUUUAUACACUGUGUAAUAGAAAAUUGCAGGUUGAUUUUAAAACUAGCCCUUCUGUGAAACAGGAAGGUGAUAAUUUGUUAGUCCUUAUGACUGAACAGAUUAAUGCACAUUCUUCCACAAGGUUGUAAUAUUGGAGGAGUCUUUAAUGCUGUGCCAGCACUUUACAAAAAGACCUUACAUUAGGACAAGCAUGGCUGGCGGUGGCUACUGAUGUUGAAGAACUCCUGUCAACUGUAGGUAGCAUGAUCGAUGGUGAAGGCAUGUAGACGGUUUACACUUGCUCUUAGAAUUGAAAAUUGACCUUGAACAGAAAGCUGAAUAUGUUCCUGCAACACAUCAAAUGUUUACCAGUGGAAAUUAUUCAAAUGAGAGAACUGUAAAUCAAGCAUUCUCCAUUCUUUUGAUUACAAUCCCAGCUGUAGAUGUAUUUAACUAAGUAUAUGAAUGCUUAUGUAAUUUAGUUAAAAAGAUUGCUUAUGAUGGAUUACUUCAUUUACUGAUGUAAAGGUUGGUUGUAAUCAAUGCUAUUUAUUCUUUAAAACAAUAUAUUUUUGACAA